AUGACGACAUUCUUGAUGGUACUAUUUUAAAACGAUUGUUUGACCUUAUUAACGUUGUUCCCCAAGAACAAAAUAACGCCGUCGCGCAGAUUGAGCAAGCGCAACAGCGAAACAAGACACGACACGACCAACGACUCAAAUCUAGCCAGAGUUUCGCGAUAGGAGACAAGGUGUUACUUUAUCGCGCCUAUCUUAUCCACUCCCGAAGCCACAAACUGGAUAACAAGUGGGAGGGACCCUUUUUUUGUCCACGAAGUACGACCCAAGGGGGUAUACCGUCUCCGAACAAUGGAAGGAAACGUGCUUCGACGACCCGUUAA